AACAUGAAAAGCAGUGGUUAUGCAAAAGCACGGAUUACAUGAAUUUGCACUUCAAAGUGAAAUGGUUUUAUAACGAGUAUGUGCGAGAACUCUCUGCUUUCAAGGAUGCAGUGCCUGAAUACUCUCUGUGGUUUGAGCCAUUUGUCAUGCAGUGGCUGGAUGAAAAUGAGGAUGUCUCAAUGGAAUUUCUUCAUGGAGCACUGGAAAGAGACAAAAAAGAUGGGUUUCAGCAAACAUCAGAUCAUGCCCUCUUCUCUUGCUCUGUGGUUGAUGUCUUCACACAGCUCAAUCAAAGCUUUGAGAUUAUUAGGAAACUGGAGUGUCCUAAUCCAGAAGCACUAUCUCAUUUAAUGAGAAGAUUUGCAAAGACUAUCAACAAAGUGCUUCUUCAGUAUGCUGUAAUUAUUUCAAAUUACUUCAGCUCCUAUUGUGAUAAAGAAAACGUGGCCUGCAUCUUGAUGAACAACAUUCAACAAUUGAGAGUCCAGCUUGAGAAAAUGUUUGAGUCCAUGGGAGGAAAGGAGCUGGAUCCUGAAGCUAGUGUUGUACUAAAAGAACUUCAGGUGAAACUUAGCAAUGUAUUGGACCAACUCAGCGUAACGUACGCCACAAGUUUCCAAUUUAUUAUUGAAGAUUGUGUAAGACAGAUGGGCAAUGAACUGAAUCAAAUGAGAGGAAAUGGGAAUGCAGCACUCAAUAAGAACAGUGCGGCCAUUGAUGCAGAGAUUGUGCUUCGGCCUCUCAUGGAUUUCUUGGACAAAACUUUAAGUGUCUCUGCAAAAAUCUGUGAGAAGACAGUCCUGAAACGGGUUCUAAAGGAGCUAUGGAAGUUAGUCUUGAACAAAAUAGAAAAACAAAUUGUGCUUCCACCACUGACAGACCAAACCGGGCCCCAGAUGAUAUUCAGUGCAGCCAAAGAUCUUGGACAACUGUCAAAACUCAAG